AUGGCCAUCGACACUCUCCGUCGAUUCUUUCUCCCUUGUUUCACCCCAACAACCAUCACAAAACCCUACACCACCACCACAACCAACCAAACCAAGAAAAACCGCUCAAGCACCUCCCUAAACCAAGCAACCUCUCCAUGCUCCUCUACCUCCUCCUCCGCCACCGCACCACCUCGUCCUUCCAAACAAAUGGUCAUCGGAACCAUCUUCGGUAACCGUCGCGGCCAUGUCUGGUUCUGCAUCCAAACCGACCGUACACACGUCAAACCCAUCCUCCUUCUUGAACUCCCUAUCUCCACAAACUCCCUCGUCCACGAAAUGCGCAACGGCCUCGUUCGCAUUGCCCUAGAAUCCACCACCACCACUUCGUCCCCCACCUGCCCCCUCCGCUCCAUUCCUCUCUUUACCGCCUUCUGCAACGGCCGUAAAGCAGGUUUCGCAGCCCGUCGCCGAGCCGGAGACAGUGUCCGCAACAUACUACAAACCAUGCAGUGUGUCACCGUCGGUGCAGGUGUUAUACCUUCAGGUUUUGGGUCAGAUUCUGAAGAGCUUAUGUAUAUGCGUGCAAAUUUCGAACAUGUUGUGGGAAAUGCUGAUUCUGAAUCGUUUCAUCUUAUAAACCCUGAUGAAUCCACUGGUCAAGAACUCAGCGUUUUUUUGCUACGAUCUCGCCUCGGAAACAAUCGUUAAGCAAAUUCGUAGCAAUCUUGCAAAGAUUUGAUUUUUUUUUAUUUUUAAUUAUGUAAUUUUAAUUUUCUUUGUAAUGUGAAUUUUUUGGUACAGAUAGAUAUCAUAAGAGUAAAGUUUUUUUUUUUUGGAUGGGGAUUCUUGAUUUUUGAAUUUGUUGGGAUUUUCAAUUUUUUGUUGAGAAUUGUGGUGUUGUUGCCACGUAAUGAUAUUGAUAUCUGUAAAGUUGAUUAGUUUAUCUAAGACUAAUCUCAUCACUAAUAUUGUAUUGUUCUGAAUUUUUGUGUAUAAUAUUGUAACUGGAUUAAAGUAACCAGAGUAUGGUCCAGGAAUCUUGAUUUCUUUGAGUUUCAUUUUUUAUUUGUGGUAUUUUAAUCUUGAUUUCAUUAGGAUAUAUUUUCACUAGAUCUGUGGUCAAUUUGGGCUUCUUUUUAAUUCUUUUUGUUAGAUUUUGGAAUAUUGGAAAAUGUUUCUAAA